AUGAGAAUUGAACCGCUCAAUUUCAAAAUUCUCCUAAAAAACCUGACCCAGUUACAAGAACUUGUCCUUGUUGGGCUACAUAUAUCUUCUGGUUUACCUGAUUCCGUGACAAAUUUUACUUCUUUAACAGCUCUAGACCUGUCAUGGACCGAAUUACAAAGGAACUUGCCUGAAAGCGUUUACCACCUUCCAAACUUGCAGAGGCUUUUAUUAAGGGGCAACAUUGAUCUUGAUAUCAAUUUGCCAGAAUCAUUUUGGCGUAGUGGUAGUUCUCUAAGGGAGUUGGAUCUUUCUUCUACGAAUUUGUCUGGAGAACUGCCUGAUUCAAUUGGCCAUCUCAAGUCUUUGACCUCCUUGACCAGCAGCAAGUGCAAAUUACGAGGUUCCAUUCCUAAAUCUCUAGGGAACCUUAUUCAGAUCCAUAAAGUAGAUUUAUCGGUGAAUGAUUUAAAUGGUGAAGUCCCAUAUACUCUUUCAAAUCUUAAGCAACUCACUGAGUUGAAACUUUCCGUCAACAACCUUAAAGGCAAAUUUCCACUCUGGGUUGCGAAUUUGAAACAACUUGUUACUCUACAUAUAUCAUAUAAUCAGCUCAAAGGUCCGAUCCCCUCCAAUUUAAGUGGUCUUCAAAACCUACAAAGUCUGGGACUAUCUAGUAAUUAUUUCAGUGGGGUAAUACCUCCAUGGUUGUUUACUCUUCCAUCGUUGGAAGCUGUAGACCUGAGCUCCAAUCGUUUAACCGGCCAAAUUCCUAAGUUCCAGCAUGAUUUACCUUUGGACUCCAUUGACUUGAGUAAUAAUAAACUUCGUGGCCCCAUUCCAAAGUCAAUUUCAACUCUUGUAAAUCUAACCAGACUCUUUCUUGCAUCAAAUGAUCUGAGCGGUGUUGUGGACCUGCAAAAACCAAAAAAUGUUGAGGCCCUUGAUCUCUCCAACACUAAUCUAUCGGUGGUUGCUAGAAGCCAUGUCAACAAUACCCUUCCCAACCUUAGGUAUUUCAAAAUGUCAUCUUGCAACAUCGAGGUGUUCCCUUAUUUCUUAAGAACCUUAGAGAAUCUUGUAGUGCUGGAUCUUUCUAGCAAUAGAAUUCAUGGACAGGUUCCAAAUUGGGUUGGGUUAAUUGGGAAGGCUUCACUGGAACAAAUUCCUUCCUUAAUUUGCAAUGCGAGUUCCCUUCGGAUUCUUGAUUUGUCUCGCAACAAAUUGAGUGGUGCGGUUCCACAAUGUUUGGAAAAUUUUAAUAGUGUUCUCUCGGUGUUGAAUCUACGUUCCAAUGGAUUUACGGGGACCCUUCCCUUGGCAUUUGCAAAGGCAAACCAAUUACGAAGUCUUGAUUUGAGUGGAAAUCAACUUGAAGGACCACUGCCAAGAUCAUUAGCAGAUUGUACAAGCUUGGAAGUUCUAAACGUUGGAAACAACAAGAUUAACGACACAUUUCCAUAUUGGUUGGAGACUCUUCUUGAGUUGCAAGUUCUUGUCGUACGAUCCAACCGAUUUCAUGGUCCCAUAAAUACUUCAAAGAGUAAAUUUCCCUUUCCUAAGCUUCGAAUCGUUGAAUUGUCCUACAAUGAGUUCAAUGGCCAUUUGCCAGUGACAUAUUUCGAAUAUUUCCAAGCUACGAAGAACAAAACUAUGCCGGGGAAAAACUACAUGAGUGAUGUGAAUAGUUACUAUCAUUACUCUAUCAUCGUGACAAUAAAGGGGCUUGAGGGAGAACUGCUAAGAAUUUUAACUAUCUUCACAACAAUCGGUUUUUCAUCGAACAAUUUCAGUGGAGAGAUUCCAAAUGUCAUUGGAAAGCUCAAUUCUCUCAUAGUGCUUAAUUUUUCUCAUAAUAGUCUCACUGGCCAUAUUCCAUCGUCUUUGGGAGAUUUGGAAAUCCUUGAAUCAUUAGACAUUUCCUCUAACCAGCUCACCGGAAGAAUUCCGAGCCGAUUAACAAGAUUAUGUGGGUUGCCAUUGUCGAAGGAAUGUGAAGACAAUAAUCGAACAAAAGUACAGCCGGCGGUGUUAGAACAGGAGGAAGAUGAUUCAGAUAUUGAUGCAUCUUUUUGGAAAAUUGUGGUGAUAGGUUAUGGGUGUGGAAUGACACUUGGACUCUUUCUGGGAUCUCUGAUGUUCUUAAUUGGUAGAUCUAAAUUCUUUGUAAGACUUGCUGAAAGAGAAAAGCCUAAAAACGUGAUAAGAUUGAGGAGAAUGGUUACAGACAUAGUGUCAAGAAGAAAGUAA